GUCUCCGUCCUCUCGGCUCGGCGCUCGGCUCCGGUCCGCGGCCGCUGCGGCGCCGGGCAUUUCUCCGCAGCUGGGCUGGCGGCCGCGCCCGCCGCCCGGCCCGCGCCCAUGCAGGCCAUUAAGUGCGUAGUGGUCGGCGACGGCGCCGUGGGGAAGACCUGCUUGCUGAUCAGCUACACGACCAAUGCCUUCCCGGGAGAGUACAUCCCCACCGUUUUUGACAACUAUUCUGCGAAUGUGAUGGUGGAUGGGAAGCCGGUCAACCUGGGACUGUGGGACACUGCUGGGCAGGAGGACUACGACCGGCUGCGGCCGCUCUCCUAUCCCCAGACUGACGUUUUUCUGAUCUGCUUCUCCCUGGUGAGCCCGGCCUCCUUUGAAAAUGUUCGAGCCAAGUGGUACCCGGAGGUGCGGCACCACUGCCCCCAUACGCCCAUCCUCUUGGUGGGCACCAAGCUGGACCUCCGUGACGACAAGGACACCAUCGAGCGGCUGAGGGACAAGAAGCUGGCACCCAUCACCUACCCCCAGGGCCUGGCCAUGGCCCGGGAGAUCGGCUCUGUCAAGUACCUGGAGUGCUCAGCCCUGACUCAGCGGGGCUUGAAGACAGUGUUUGAUGAGGCCAUUCGGGCUGUGCUCUGCCCGCCCCCCGUGAAGAAGCCAGGGAAGAAGUGCACGGUCUUCUAGAGCCUGGCUUCCAGAGGAGCAGCCCCACCCCUGCCCGUGUCUGCUGUCGUGUUGAGAUGUUUGGUGUUCCUGAGUCUGCUGUGGGGGAGUUGUGUGGGGGGGGUGGGAAGAAGCAUGGGGACGGGGCUGCCACUCCCGGAGGUGGGGCUGACGCUAUGGUGUCUGUGGGCUCUGCCUCCUUUUUCUGGGGGUGCGGCUCCAGCCUUCCCUGGCCCCCACAGGAGGCCGGGAGGGAGCAGGGUCUCCCUCAGGCUGCAGGGGCAGGUCCAGGGCAGCCCCAGGAUGGGCUUCCCUCUGGGAGAGGCUGGGGGGUUGGUUGUAUCCAUGUACCCCAGGAUGGGGCAGCCCUUUCU